AUGUCUGAUCUGAGGAAUAGGAUUUACAUCGGCAAGCUCCACUACGAUGUCCGGGAAAAAGAUAUUGAACGGUUCUUCAAAGAUUUCGGUAAAAUCAACGAUAUCAACAUGAAGAACGGAUAUGCUUUCGUGGAUUUUGAAGAACACCGAGACGCUGACGAUGCAGUGUACGAGAUGGAUGGUAAGGAUUUACUUGGAGAUAGAGUGUCAGUAGAGCACUGUAAAGGUGGACGUGAUAGAAGAGAUGACCGCCGAGGUGGUGGUAGUGGUUUUGGUGGUGGUCGUGGUGGAGACCGAGGUGGAGACCGCGGUGGAGACCGAGGUGGAGACAGGGGUGGAGACAGGGGUGGAGACCGCGGUGGAGACCGAGGUGGAGACAGAGGUGGAGACCGAGGUGGCAGUGGCAGCAGUCGCUUUAAGAACAGCUUCAGCUUGUUUGAGCGACCCUUUAACACUAAACACCGGGUUGUUGUUGAGGGAUUGUCCUCGUCCACUGACUGGAGGGAUUUGAAAGAUUUCUUCAGAAGAGUCGCUGAAGUAACAUUCGCUGAUGCUCACAGAUUUAGAACCGGAGAAGGCGUUGCUGACUUUAAAUGUAAAGACGAUUUGAAGAGGGUGAUCAGAGAGCUAGAUGAUACCAAGCUGAAUGGUAGAAGAGUGCGGCUUGUUGAGGAAAAGCAAUCCAGCCGCGAUCAGCACGAAGAUCACGAUCACGAUCGAGGUCAGCUGACCGAUCUAGAGGGUCUAGACCCAGGGACGACAAACGAUCACCUACGCCGGAAAAAAGGGCCCGGUCCCCUGAGGAUCGUUCUAGAUCGCGGGAGAGACGUUCUAGGACACCCGAGGUCAGGAGGUCUAGGUCCAACGAUAGACGGUCAAGAUCCAAAGACAGACGAUCGAGAAGUCCGGAAAGGAGAUCGAAGACGGCGGAACGACGCUCUAAAUCUCCCGUAA